ACCAGCAGCAGCACCACCACCACCACCGGCGAUGGCGAACGGCGGCGGGGGAGCGGGGAACGGGGAGGCGAGGAAGGCGGGUGCCGGGGCGAGCGUGCUGGUGACCGGGGGAGCCGGGUACAUCGGGACGCACACGGUGCUGCGGCUGCUGGAGAAGGGGUACGCCGUCGCCGUCGUCGACAACUUCCACAACUCCGUCCCGGAGGCGCUCGACCGCGUCCGCCUCAUCGCCGGCCCCGCCCUCUCCGCCCGCCUCGUCUUCAUCCCCGGGGAUCUCAAGAGCAAGGACGACAUGGAGAAGGUGUUCGCCGCCAAGAGGUACGACGCCGUCAUCCACUUCGCCGGGCUGAAGGCGGUGGGGGAGAGCGUGGCGCACCCGCAGAUGUACUACGAGAACAACGUCGCCGGCACCAUGAACCUCUACGCCGCCAUGACCAAGUACGGAUGCAACAAGAUUGUGUUCUCGUCGUCGGCGACGGUGUACGGCCAGCCGGAGAAGACCCCCUGCGUCGAGGACUCCAAGCUGAGCGCUCUCAACCCAUACGGCACCACCAAGCUCGUCCUCGAGAACUACUUCCGGCAGGUGCAGGCCGCCGACCCGGAGCUGAGGGUGAUCCUGCUCAGGUACUUCAACCCCAUCGGCGCUCACCGGAGCGGCGACAUCGGCGAGGACCCCAGGGGCAUCCCCAACAACCUGCUGCCGUACAUCCAGCAGGUCGCCGUCGGCCGGCGCCCCGAGCUUAACGUCUACGGCGACGACUACCCCACCAGGGAUGGCACCGCGAUCAGGGAUUACAUACAUGUAGUGGACCUUGCUGAUGGCCACAUUGCUGCACUAGAGAAGCUCUUCGCUACUCCUGACAUUGGUUGUGUGGCUUACAAUCUAGGCACAGGAUGUGGAACAACCGUGCUCGAGGUGGUGAAGGCGUUCGAGGAGGCAUCCGGAAAGAAAAUUCCUAUCAAGAUUUGCCCCAGAAGGCCUGGAGAUUGCACUGAGGUCUAUGCUUCCACUGAGAAGGCCAAGAAAGAGCUCGGAUGGAGUGCUCGGUUUGGGAUAGAGGACAUGUGCAGGGACCAGUGGAAUUGGGCCAGGAAAAAUCCGUACGGAUACAGCGGCGAUGCUGAUGAGAAGAAUUAGGAUGAUUGAUCAUAUUACACAACUUAUACAUAUAACUUAUAGAGUAUCAAAUUGUCCAUGGUCGCAUGAGAUGUGGCUAGAAGAUCUCAAUAAGACGUGUGCUUCCUAAGUUUAGUAUACUAUUACAUCAUUGUUUCUGGUCGAGUCAUCAUACCUGUAAUUUCAGAUAUUAGCGAAUAUUAAUCUCUUUUAGCGAAAGAUAUACUAGCAAAUGAAUAGAACAAUAUCCUCCACUGGCUUAUUUUUUUGGUUCUGGUUGGAUUGCAUGCACCCUCAAGCUGGGCUGUUUAAUGAGUUUGGCCCA